ACCCAUUCCAAAGUUCGUUUCGUUCACGUUUGUUUACAUCACGGUUCCCUCGGAUCCAAUACAAUCCCAAAAACGAUGUCCCUAAUGCAGGCGAAUCGGAGGGCGCCUCAGCUACUGUCCCACCUGAACCGCCUGGGCUCUUCCUCCUCCGCUGCCACCGCCGGCACGUCGUCUUCGGAGCCCCCAGAUCCCCGCCAGCCGAAUGCCCUGGAGCUCCUCGGACCGGAAUCGCAGCGUAGGUGCAUGGAGAAGAUGCGCGCUCUGCCUGCAUUCCCGCGGCCCAAGUCCCUGACGCCCAGUCGCCGCGAGAAGCAGUCCUCCGCGGUCCUAAUCGCACUCUGCCAGGAUCGGGGCACGCAAAAAUACGACAGUGGUUGGAGAAAUGUGCUGAAGAAUCGGGAGCCCGUAUACCAGGCCAUCUGGGCCGACUCCACGGACUUCGAUGAGGUUCUCAUCUCGCCGGUGAUGCUGCAGGAUCACAUGCCCGACAAGGUCCUCGCCGCCCUGAAGAAGGUUGUAACAACGAGUGGGCCACGCAAGCCCCAGCGCCAGACCUCCAAUGCAUUCUCCACGGGUUCGCACGAUGCCCACGAUACGGAUCUGGAGCCGCCGCAUUGCAGCAACCGCAGUGAGACGACGACGGAUGCCAUGAGGUCAGAAGCGGAACCGGAAACGGAUCGGAUGCCGACCAUGAUGUCACAAUCGCAAUCGCAAUUGCAUCACUGCAAGCGGCCAUCGCAAAGUUCCUACACGAGUCUGAGCAACUGUCUCGUCCUGACGCCAACGGCCCAGCACAAGCUCUGCCUGGAGACGUCCUUUACGAACGGAUCCGUACCGCCCGCUCCCGCUCCCGCUGCAGCUUCGCAGCGCCUGACCUCGGCGGCCUCCUCGCUCUUGAGCUCGACCACCACGCCGUAUGACAUAUCAAGCGCUCUGGACGACAGCCUGGCCACGGUGGCCCUGCGCCAGAGUCCCUCGCUGAUCAGUGCGGAGACGACGGCCACGGUGAUUGGCAAUCACACGGACACCGACCUGGACGAGAUUGCCAUGCCACGGCUCAAGGCGGUCGCCUUUGACAUGGCCCUUACGCCGCCCCCAUCGCUGCCGCCGGAGAGGUCCGUGCUCGGGCGCCAGCACUCCGAGAAGAAGCCGCGCUCCCUGCCGCUGGCCCAAGUCCAGGCCCCGCGGCGAGCCUCGGACGCUGGGAUGGCUGUGCCGGGCGUGGACCUGCUCCACGACGACUGGUAUGGCCUGGCCCCGCUCGCCAGUCCCGAAACGCUCUCCGAAAUCUCCAGCGUCUCGUCGCGCACCAGUGUGCCCAUCAGUCUGGCCAACAGCAUUGAGCGAUAUCUGCAGCACAUGGGCGUUGGUGUGGGUGCUGCGAAGGUACCACUCGAGGACAUCUUCGAGUCGCAGCUGCACACGCCCAAGGUCAUGAGGCGGGCGCCCAAGUUCAGCGAGAAUCUAGCCGGCUGUGCCGAGGACACCAGGAAUCUGGACCAGUACAAGCGGCUGGGACGUGUGUUCAUCACCUUUCCGCGCAUCUUUCCCGACCAAUCGUCGUCGCCGCCCAUGGUGGGCCGCAGCCUGGACUCCAGCGGCGACAGCUUCGAGUCCGCCUCGGCCCACAGCCUGCAACGCGUCCAGCUGCUCCUGCCGCCCGGCACCAAUGCGGUGCAGAGCUCCAAGUCCGCCGACCCGCUGGACGGGUUGGAUCCGGACGCCAAGGCCGCUAGGCAGCCGGCCAAGAAGUUGACCUUCAGCGACAGCGACAUCCUGGCGGAUGCGGACUGUCUGCGGCUGUGUCCCCACUGUCCCUGCGAUCGGGAUGUCCAGCGUGGCUGCUGCACCCGCUCCGAGCAUGGCAGAUGUACGAGUGGUGGUGGUGGUGGUGCUGGUGCUGGUGCUGGUGAUGCUGGUGUCGAUGUCGGUGUUAGCGGAUUGGGAGUGGGCUCCACGGACACCAGUUUCUACAGUGCCAGCUCAUCGCUGGAUCAAUUUGCCAGCACGCCGGCCCGCCAAAACGGUGGACCCCAUCUGCCCGAGGAGAUACUGAUGCGCCCGGGGGUCCUGGAGUCCCACUUUCCUGUCCUCGGCGAUGGCAGCAGCAGCAGCAACAUGGAGAUGGAGACCCCAGCCCUGGUGGCCCCCGCCUCGCCCACGCCCGCACAACUCAGCAAUGGCAAGCGACCGGAUGUGGUGGGCGGAAGGGUACGGAAGCGCCUCUCCUCCGAGGAGUUCUUCUACUCCAGAAGCGCAGAUCAGGAUCAUCUGGUGGCUAGCAGCACCGCCGGCAGCACCGCCGGCAUCACCGCCAAUGCCACCACCAGCCAUCUAGUACAAUUCGGUGAUAGGGGCUCUCCGGCGGGACGCAGACGGGGCAAGGGCUGCGUCUAUCCGGCCGGGAAUAGUCUCCGGUUGGACGCAGCUGCCGCCGCCGCCGCCACCGCCGCUGCAUCCGGAUCACCCACGUCCAUUAGCAAAUUUACCCGCACCCGGGUGGCAACUGGAGGAGGAUCGGCAGCCAAGCAGGCCGCCGCCAAUAACGAAAGUAAUGUUUAAUAGUUGUAAGUUGUAAGCAGUACCUUUACCCGGACAGAGCCAUGGACACUGGUAACACUCGGAUAUUUCGAAAAUCUCUUGAAAAUCCCUUGAAAAUCCCCCAAAAAAUCAACAAUUAUGCCAUUGCGAUCCACAAGGAAAAGAAAAAACAAACAAACAUUUUGCAUACCGAUUACCUAAGGAAUAACAACAUUUAGCGUUAACACAGGCGUUUACCAUUAAAUAAAUGCAAUGUAUAUAUAUUUA